GUUUGCUGUGAGCUGCACUCGUGCCCUCGUGAUAUAAACAUUUCUACACGGCGUUUAUUAAUGCAAGUAGCGUUUAGCUCUAAUCCGUACUUAUGUAGUUUAGUCUUAGUGCACUCUAAGUGAGGCUUUAGUGAUGUUUACUUGUGUAAUUACACAGCGUUUACGUCACGGUGUGCGUGUGGGUUCAGUGCAGGGAUGUUCCAGACUCUUCACCAGGGCUUGGAUCUCUCAGGCUCUCCGAACUUUUUCAGAUGCUCCUGCAACUCCUAAAGACUCGAAUAAACCUAUAAAACAAUGGGAGUUAUUAGUUAACCCUUUCACAAAGGUCAGAUGUAAUUUAGGCUGUAAUAUAUCCAUAAAAUCACUGGAUCCACAUGCCUUCCCUGAGGCUGAUCGGGCAUUUAUCAGUUUGCACGUGACAGAUGCGAAUCAAACUCCUAAUGUGGACGGAUUUCAUGUUCAUUAUGAAGUUCAAAGCAAUGAACUUCAGAUUUUGGCAGAUGAGGUGGAUAGCAAUGUCACUGUUGAACUGACAGCACCUGUUAAAUGUGAUCUCCACAUCAAGACUAAAGACACAGGCAAUGUGAAGAUCCAGAAAAUGGAGAGUGACCUCUUCCACGUUCAUACAGAAGGAGGGCACUGUGUCCUAGAGUCUGUCAAGGGUCAUGAGGUUCAAGUUCAGUCCACAGGAGGAAAUAUCACUGGACUUCAGACCAUACAUGGGAAUGUCGAUAUCAGCACAUCUUUGGACAGUAAUGUCGAUAUUAAGAAAAUUCAGGGAACCACCAUGAAUCUCUCCACAGAACAUGGGGAUCUGAAAGUGAAGGCCAUUUAUGGUGAAUGCACAUCAGUGUCCACUUCCUCCGGGAACAUCCAGAUUGGCCAUGUGCACGGUGAAGCUCUUGUACAAAGUAAAACAGGAAACAUUGUCAUUGACAGCUCAAGUGGUGCCCUGAAGGUGUUUACUACUGCUGGAAACAUUGAUGCAUAUGUGGGCCAAGAUGGAACUGCAGAACUUCACAGUCAGCUUCCCAUAAUUCCUCUCGCGCUUGAGCCUGUUCCGGUUUGCUGUGCGCUGCACUCGUGCCCUCGUGAUAUAAACAUUUCUACACGGCGUUUAUUAAUGCAAGUAGCGUUUAGCGUUUUGCUCUAA